AUGCUCCUGGUGGUUCUGGUCAUGUCUCUUUUGAUUAUUGACCUUGUGAAAAAAAGACGACCCAGGAAUUUCCCUCCAGGGCCGCAGCUCUUUCCUCUCGUGGGAACCUUUGUGGACUUUAAGCAGCCCCUCCAUCUUGCACUGCAGAAGCUUACGGGUCGGUAUGGGAACAUCUUCAGCGUGCAGUUUGGAAGUCUGACAUUCGUGGUGGUCAACGGGUACCAGAUGGUGAGAGAAGCUCUUGUCCACCAGGCUGAAAUAUUUGCUGAUCGGCCAAAUAUUCCACUCCUCCAAGAAAUAUUUAGAGGCUUUGGGCUCAUAUCAUCCAACGGGCACAUAUGGAGGCAGCAGAGAAAGUUUGCUUUAGCAACACUGAAAAGCCUUGCUGUAAAUUUUGAGGAAAAAGUGCAAGAGGAGAGUCGGUAUCUCGUGGAGACGAUUGAGGAGGAGAAAGGACAACCCUUUGACCCUCAUUACAAAAUUAAUAGUGCUGUUUCCAACAUCAUCUGUUCCAUAACUUUUGGGAACCGCUUUGACUACCAUGACAACCGUUUCCAGGAACUGCUGCACUCCCUGGCUGAAACGCUGCUGCUCAUCGGAAGUUUCUGGGGCCAGCUUUAUAAUGCUUUUCCCUUGAUCAUGAGAUGGUUGCCAGGGCCCUUCAGGAAAAUCUUCAGGCACUGGGAGAAACUUCGAUAUUUUGUGAAAGGAGUGAUUGCAAAGCACAAGGAGGAUUUGGACCAGUCCGAGGCAGGAGAUUACAUUGACUGUUACCUGAAGGAAAUAGAAAAGUUUAAGGGUGACAACAGCUCCUAUUUCCAUGAGGAAAACCUGCUGUGCUCCACCUUGGAUCUGUUCUUAACUGGGACUGAGACAACAGCGACCGCCAUCCGCUGGGCUCUGCUCUACAUGGCUGCGUACCCCCACAUUCAGGAGAAAGUGCAGCAGGAGAUUGAUGCCGUGGUUGGGCAGUGCCGGCAGCCCUCGAUGGCCGACAAGGAGAAGAUGCCCUACACUAGCGCCGUGCUGAGCGAGGUCCUGCGCAUGGGCAACGUGGUGCCACUGGGGGUGCCCCGCAUGGCCACCAGCGACACCACCCUGGCUGGCUUCCACCUGCCCAAAGGCACCACCCUGAUGACCAGCCUGACUUCGAUAAUGUUCGACAAAAACGUGUGGGAGACUCCAGACACCUUUAAUCCUGAACAUUUCCUGGAAAACGGCCAGUACAGGAGGCGGGAGGCUUUUCUGCCCUUCUCUGCAGGCAAGAGGGCUUGUCCCGGGGAGCAGCUCGCCAGGACCGAGCUCUUCAUCUUCUUUGUAGCCCUGCUGCAGAAGUUCACCUUCCAGGCCCCAGCAGCGGCCGCGCUGUCCUUCGCCUUCACGCUCAGCCUCACGCGCUGCCCCAAACCCUUCCAGCUCUGCGCCGUGCCCCGCGACUGAGCCGGGCCUGGGGCUGCCCCAGACCCCCACUGCAGCCUCACAAACUGGGAAAAUCCCUUCCCCUCACCACACCAGAGAUUCUGGGCUGAAAUGAUGGGCCCUGGAGGUCCAGCACCUGCCAGCAUCUGGGUGGCAGGGGAAGGGCACAAGGGCCUUGUCCUGCACACUGCAACGAACGCAACCCUUGUGGCUCUUCCCUUCACCUCAUUCCUGCUCCCCGCUACCAAUCUGACAAAAUGCAUGGAUUUAAAAGCCUUAUUACCUAAUUCCCACUGUCAGCAAUUCCCAGUAAGGUGU